AUAUAAUGUAAAUAAAUAUCGUAUUAUAAAAACUUUAAUAAGGUAAUCUGACAUUUGUAAAUAUGAAUAAAAGUCCAGUGAAGACGAAUAAAGAACACAUUUUGUGGCUGGACAGACUGGAGAUCACAGGUCCUGAAAGUCCCCGACGGCACCUGAAGGCAGCACAACACAUCCACACCGUCCCCGCUGUCCAAGGCGCACACAGCCGCUACCUGCCAGGCGGAAUGGACGUCUCCUCCGGUGCCCCCAGCUUCUUCCUCUGCCCCACGGAGCCGCGAGAGAAGCCAGGCCCGACAUGACAGCGCCGGGACGGGAGAAGAAAGCCCGCCAGCAGCCGCGGCUGACUGUCCGGCUGGAGGCGGUGUGGGCUGCGGGUCGCUACGCCGCGCUGGUCGCCCUGUGCGCCCUGUGCUACAGCAACUCUGUCCGCGGGGAGUUGGUGCACGACGACGUGUGGGCGAUCAUCAACAACCCGGACGUCCGACCGGGCUCCAGCCUCAGAAACAUCUUCAGCAACGACUUCUGGGGGAAGAGGAUGGCGGACAACACGAGCCACAAGUCCUACCGACCGCUCUGCAUCCUCACCUUCAAGUUGAACAUCCUGCUGGGCGGUAUGACGCCUCUCUACUUCCACAUCGUCAACGUGUGCUUGCACUGCGCUGUCACCUGCCUGCUCAUGCAAACGUGUGAACGGUGCGUGUUUGAAGACUCACGUCUGGCCUUCGUCACAGCGCUCCUGUUCGCCGUGCACCCGGUCCACACCGAGGCUGUGUCUGGUAUCGUGGGCAGAGCUGAUGUCUUGGCCUGUCUGCUGUUCUUGCUGACAUUCCUCUCCUAUAUUAGGAGUGUGGGUGAGUGCCACUCUGAGGACUCUCUGCCCUCCACUGUGUCCACGUGGUCUCUGCUCAUCAGUUUGCUGCUGGGCACUUGCGCCAUGCUGGUCAAGGAGACGGGCAUCACCGUGUUCGGAGUGUGCUUGCUCUACGACGCCCUGGUGCUCUGCCGCAAGCCCAUCAUCUAUCACCUGUCUGGCUCCGGACUCAGGGACCUCCUCCACGUCUGCAGCCCCUUCAUCAAACGGGCCUGCCUCAUCUCCAGCUAUGUGGUGAUCAUCAUGUCUGUCAGGUUGUGGCUAAUGGGAGGAUCCAUGCCCCUUUUCUCUGAGCAAGACAACCCUGCCUCCUUCUCAACACACCUGCUCACCAGGGUCUUAACCUACUCAUACCUGCUGUCCUUUAAUGCCUGGCUGCUGCUGGCGCCCGUCGUGCUGUGUUAUGACUGGCAGGUUGGCAGCAUCCCUCUGGUGGAAGCACUCGGUGAUGUGCGUAACGUGUCCACCAUUCUGCUGGCCAUGGUGAUGGUGGCUCUGUGCCUGCACUGCAUCUUCUCACUGCAGAGGCAAGACAGCAGAGAGGUGUUGGUGGGAAUGUUGUUCCUGGUGUUUCCCUUCAUUCCUGCCAGUAACCUUUUCUUCAGGGUGGGAUUUGUCGUGGCGGAGAGGGUUCUCUACAUGCCGAGCAUGGGUUACUGCAUCCUGGUGGCUCAUGGCCUGGGCCGGCUGUGUUCGGUGGUGGGCCGUUGGGGAACCACAGUCCUCAGUGUCUCCAUGCUGCUGCUGCUCCUGCUCUUCUCCUGGAAGACUGUCCAACAGAACAACGUCUGGCUCUCCAGGGAGGCCCUGUUCCGCUCUGGUAUCCAGACUCUGCCUCACAAUGCCAAAGUCCACUACAACUACGCCAACUUCCUGAAAGACAGCGAUCGGCACCAGGAGGCCAUUCACCACUACACCACUGCCCUCAGGUUAUACCCUCGUCAUGCCAGCGCCAUGAACAAUCUGGGCACUCUCACUCGCAGCCCGGAGGAGGCUGAGCGCUACUACAGGAAAGCACUGGACACCAACCCUCAGCACAACCGAGCUCUGUUUAACCUGGGAAACCUGCUCAAGUCUCAGGGGAAGGAGAAGGAGGCCGAGGCUCUGCUGAGGGACUCCAUUCGUUUUGGUCCACAUUUCGCUGAUGCUUACUCCAGUUUGGCUUCACUCUACGCUGAACAGAAACGCUUCGCUGAAGCCAAUGAAGUGUAUGUAAAAGGUAUCGAGCACUGCCCCGACAGCUCUGACCUGCAUAACAACUACGGAGUGUUUCUGGUGGAUACGGGAGAAGGGGAGCUGGCAGCUGCCCACUACCAGCAAGCAGUACGACUCAAACCAGCUCAUUACGUUGCCAUGGUGAACCUGGGCCGUCUGCUCCGAUCAUCCAAUGAGAACAGAGAAGCUGAGUCUUGGUACAAGAGGGCUCUGGAGGUGACGAGGAAGGUGGACAUACUGACCCCGCUCGGAGCGCUGUACUACAACACGGGUCGCUAUGAGGAGGCCUUGCAGGUGUACAGAGAAGCUGCUGCACUACAACCAGACAGCACCGACAUCUGGCUGGCAUUGGCUCAGGUUCUAGCCAUGGCCGGUCGCACCAAAGAGGCAGAGAAGAUGACCCUGGACAUCAUCUCCAGAGAGGGCAGCUGCAUCGAAUGCUACCGCCUCCUGUCUGCCAUCUACAGCAAGCAUGGCAACUACACAGAGGCUCUGGAGGCUCUGGACCGGGCUUUGCAGCAGAACCCCCGCGAUCUGACGGUCAGGGCAGAGCUGUACUUCUCCAAAGGAAACCAGCUCAGAGAGAUGAACCAGCUGGACCGAGCCUUUGAGAGCUACAAGCUGGCUGUUGAGCUGAAACCUGACCAGUCUCAGGCCUGGAUGAACAUGGGAGGGAUUCAACACAUUAAGGGAGACUAUGCAGCUGCCAGGAUGUACUACCAGCGGGCCCUGCUUCUGAGCCCUGGUUCCAAACUUCUGAAGGAAAAUCUGGCCAAGUUGGACCGGCUGGAGAGGAGACUGACAGGAGGGGCAUAGACCGGUCAGCCCCACUGAUCCUGUAUCGUCCUGGGCACAGGUCAGGGGAGCAGGCAGCCAUCCGGCCCUCUGGAGCCCAAACACCAGCCGCCAGGCUGCUGGAUAAAACAGACAUGGUUACAGAGAGCAGACAGAUGGGGAACUUGUUUAGAGCUGGACUGGGUGAGCUGAAGUCAAAGACUGAUCAAGCCACAGCCCAGAAGCCUUUCCUGGGGUAAGCAGAAGGGGAAUGGCUGGCUGAAGACCACUGGAAGCUCCAAGCAUUGCUCUGUCUGCACCAGCUUUACGUCGACAUGCACUCCUGCUUCAGACGUUUGUGUUGGAUUGAUUUGUUAUUAAGGUUCAUAUGAAGUCAUUUCCUUUAUGGCACUUAAUGACUGAUUCUAAUUCAGUCCUCUGCUCUGCCUUCCAGAACAAUUCAUGUAUUUACAUCAGUGCAGUGACCGUGUGUGGAAAAUGUUAUGAAGGGAAUGGACGGGGUUCUUUCUUGAACUCUGGGAACAGUACAUGUAACGAAGUAAUCUCAGCUCAGAGGUCCACUUACCGAAUUAGUGGAGCUUUCAUGGUCGUAAGCCUUCAAGAGUCACAACAGUUCUAUCAUGUAUUUACUGACCUCUGACAGCAAGACGCUGAAGUCUGCUGCCAUCUUUUUACUCUUGGGUGAUGUUUUUGAGAAUGAAACCUGUUCACAACUGGAGCAGAAGGUGAUUAGUAGCAGUUAACGAACAUCAGUUAUAACUAUAUUCUGUUCUGUAAACCUGCUUCUCUUGAACUACUGUAACCUUUCACCCACUUGUGAUCACAGAAUGGUGCUUCUUCUACAUCAGUGAUUAAUACAGACAGACGAGGCACAUUAACCAAGAGAAUACUUUUGGCCUUUUUGAUGAAUAACUUAUGGAAUCAGUUGAUAUAAGUUGCUUGUGCAGUUGUUAUUUGAACCAGCAGAAGUGAUGCUCAGUGCCGCCUAACAGCGAGAGGCCGACUGACCUCAGUGUCUGAAUGUGAUACCUGAGAUAUCUUCUCUUGCCUUUAUGAUGGUUGGCACUGAAAGCGCUCCUUUGAAAGCAGAUGGGAUGGUGAGUGUCUGCAGGGUGUUGUGGUGGCCAUGCUGGGUAAAUGUUGUCUUGAAUUCUGCAUGUAAGCCCAGUGUCACCAGCAACCCCCCUCCCCCCCACACUACCACACAUCCUCCUCCAUGCUUCACAUCAGGAACCACACAUCCAGACACCAUCUGUUCAGCAACUAUCUCACAUCUGGAUCUGUCAGAACAAAAUCCAGGUCUCCACUGUCUGAUAUCCAUUCCAGUGUUUCUGUUUCUUCUUGGUUUCUCUCAGUAAUGGUUUCUUUGCAGUAGUUCCACAAAUAAAACCUCUUGAAAUGGGAAAUUAAAUUGAAGAAACAUCUGAAAGAGCAUGAAAUAUCCAAACUGGACAGUCAGGGUGACUGAAUUAUACAAGUCAUGAGUGUGACUUCAAGCUAUUCCUCUGCCUUCCCAGUAUACAUGACAAAGAGUCCAUUCUUAGGCACCUGCUCCAUGCACUGUACAACACUGCACUUCAAAGAUCUGGAAAGUGGGUAAGUGGACCUUUGAGUUUUUAUUACUGUGUCACACAAGGGGAUCGAAGGAACGGGAUUCAUUUUAGCCCCACUUUGUUGGAGUAAAUACAACAAAAGCUGCACCUGUAAAGCUCUCAGAUUCUAUGUCUUAUUUAAAAUGUAGACUGGUAACAGCUGCUUCCUCUUGAGACAACCUGAAUCGUUUUCAUCUGACCUCCAUUUCCACAAGUGUCUGCAUUAUACGACCUGAUGUCACAAGCCUUCUGCAAGUAUAAUAAGCUAGUGUGUCUGCUCCCGUGUUGAGCUGAAACUUAUGGCUUCAUGUGUACCAUAACCUCUGAAGAUUGCCGUUUGGUUGCUCGUUGUGGUUUUGUUGACAGUGAUGUUGACUGUGAAUGAAUUUUGUUGUGGAAUGACAAUGGGUUGAAAAUGAAGUGACGAGUGCAAUGACUGACUUGCACCAAGAAAAUAAAGUAUAUGUUUUAUUAAA